GAUCCGUCUCUUCAGUUGCCUACAGCUGCUGGACUCUUCUCUCUAUAUUUGUUUUCUAUGUCAUCUUCUCUGAAGCUAUUAAUAAAACAGGCUCUGAUGACAAUCACGGGGUUGUGGCCGCUUGUCACCGCCACUCUCCUGGCAGCUGUUAGCGUCGCAGCUACUUGUCCUUCCGUCUGCAGAUGUGACGUCUCCAUGUGGAACAGUUUCAGAGGGCAAUAUGUAAACGGCACCAAAUGCUCCAACGUUUCACUCACUGAUCUCCCUCCGGGUCUCGACACCAGCAUUACAUUACUGAUUGUUUCUUACAACAAUAUCUCUACAGUUCGAAACAAUAAAUUCUUCGGAAUGAGACUGAGAGAACUGAUUCGCAUUGAUCUUAGCAAUAACGGAUUGCAGACAAUAGAAGAAGGUGCAUUCUGGGGUCUCCAUGAGUUGCGUGAACUCAGGUUACAGAACAACAAACUCAGCGUUCUUCAUCCUAAUACUUUCAAGGAGGCAUUCAGACUUAUUCGGCUGGAUGUGGGUGAAAACUCUAUCGGUCACUUCCAUGUCGAUACAUUGAAAAAUAACAAAAAACUUGAGUAUUUCAACAUAGGAAAUAACAAGCUGAAAUCAAUUCACACCGAUACAUUCAAGAAUAAUGCAGAACUUAUAAGUAUUAAUAUAAGUAAAAACCUCCUGAGUGAAAUUAGCUGUAACAUUUUUAUCAACAAUUCUGAAUUAGUAUACAUAAAUGCCAGUACCAACAGAAUUUCAUUCCUAGAUGAAAGAGCUUUUAUGAACAACAAAAGGCUAUGGAAGCUCGAUCUGAGCAUGAAUAUGCUCUCACAGAUUCACCAGGAGACAUUCAAGAAGAAUAUGAGACUAUCGGACCUAUACAUCAGUCACAACACGAUCAGCAAUCUCCAUGAAGACACAUUCAAGAAUACCAAUUUAACCAAUAUAUUUAUGAGUGACAACCUACUCUCCUCUCUUCAUUUCGGAAUAUUCGUAACUAAUAAAUAUUUAAAGACUGUAGAUAUCUCCAACAACAGACUCAAAUCACUUGACGCUAACACGUUCGCGACAACCAGCAAGCUGGAGAACCUGUACGUGAAUAGUAACAGGAUUAGAUCCCUUCAUCACAGCAGUUUUACAAACAACCCUAACCUCACGCUUCUCUUUCUGAAUAACAACGAUAUUGACUCCAUCCAUCCUGACACGUUUAAAAACAAUAUGAAUUUGCUAUAUCUGAGCUUGACAAACAACUCAAUAAGUUCUAUUCACCCAGGCACAUUUAAAUACAACUCAAAACUGCGUCACUUGCAUCUCUCCAACAAUAAGAUCGUCUCUCUCCAUCUCGAUACGUUUAUUAACAGUACCUCACUUCGAUAUGUCUACGUUAACCACAAUGUAAUCACCGAACUUCUCCCCAGCACAAUUAUGAACAAUUCCAGGCUAACCAACCUGUAUCUUAGCAACAAUAACAUUAGUCGUCUACAGACGCACGCUUUUUAUGGUUUCACUGGUCUUCGGACAUUAGACCUUAGCAAGAACAGACUAGAAUACCUUCAUCCAGAGAUAUUCAGUAAUAACAGUUAUUUGUGGAACAUUGACAUAAGCAGGAACAGAAUAAGUUCCAUACACCCUGAUACCUUCCGGAAUACCAAGGACAUCGUGAAGAUCCUUGCUAGUGGUAAUGUCAUAACUACUCUGCAGCCCUCCACGUUCAGAGAUAGCAAGAAACUGAGGGUCCUGGACAUCAGCAACAACAAACUCACAAAUCUAUAUCCAGACACAUUCAAGAACACUGAUCUGAGGUAUCUGGAGUUAAGUAACAAUGAAAUCAGUUCACUCCUUCCUGAUAUAUUUAUGAACAAUUUGCAUCUCCGUGAAUUAAACCUGAGUAAUAACACUCUGAGCUCCCUUAACCAAAAUGCAUUCAGGAGUAUUCCUGCGUUGUGGAAACUGGAUAUCAGUGGAAACAAAAUCAUCGGUCUUGACUGCCAUACGUUUUAUAACAACACCGAAUUGUACUAUCUGAAUGUAAGUUAUAACAGAAUAAGUGCUUUGGACCCCAGCAUAUUUCUGAACAAUACUAAUCUAAGAAUAGUGGAUCUGUCGCAUAAUGUUUUGACAUUUCAGAAUAAUAAUCCUAUCCUAAUAGCGCCAAAACUAAGUGCGCUCUUCCUAGGAUUUUGUGGCAUUAAGCAUCUUCAUAUUGUUCAUUUUCAGAAUUUAACCAUGCUGAGAAUACUCGGACUGAAUAAUAAUUAUCUGGAGACGUUAGAAGACGAUUCAAAGAAACAGCCAAUGAAUCGAUACAGCAUCAUUGGACGACCACUUAAUACACUUUAUGGCUUGAAAGAACUGGAAACUUUAGAUAUUUCCAACAACAAGAUGAGGAAUUUAAAUAUGAAUUUAGUUAGUGGUCAUGAAAAACUGACACGGCUGAGUUUUUCGGGCAAUCUCUUCUAUUGCGACUGCAAAUUGCAGGAACUAUGGAGGUGGUGUUUUGAACGAAAUGCAAGGCCACAUAUUGUGUCUUGCGACAAACUAGAAACAUGCACCUGGGAAUAUGUACGUAGACUUUCUUGUGAUAAAACCAAUCGAAGUAUAUCACAUUUGUCUAAAAUAAUGGUGUUAAUUUGUGUGUCUGUUCUGAUGAUAUUUUCUGUUGCGCUCGUGUUCAAAGUUGCGCCCAGACAAGUGCUACAAGAUCUGUGCUAUGGGUUACGAGAUAAAAUUGUGAUCAAUUUCAGGGAAAGUUUCAAUGCGGCAGUAAGUUCCUGCGUGAGAUACGUCUAUCCAAGGGUGAUAAGGAAAACCGGUUCUACAAUUCUGACUCCUGAUGACGUGUAAAUUAUCCAUUACAGACCCUUGGAAGCAGUGAUGGAAGUGACAAUUUUUACAUAGCAACUUAAAAUAUCCCCCUCCCUCACAGUGUGUAAAACGAGGAAAAAACUAUGGCAAAAACUGUUACGGUAUCCGUAUUUCGUAUACAAGUUACAGAGUCAGUCCUCCCGCUUUUUGGUAGUUCAUAGUGUGUAGCUACCAACAUCCAUAUAUACAGUAUAUUUUUUUUCAAUUUAGGGACAUUUUUAAUCUUAGUUGAUUCUGUAUUUUGUCAUCUGCGCACGUGAUAACUUCUCACAUCUAGGUUCCGCCUCUGAAAUAAACAAAUUAAUUGAAAA